ACGUUAUACCCUACCCGAUCUGCCACUCACGUGUUUUUCACUUCUUCUCCUCCUUCCCACCAGCAGCUCAGUGUCGCCGCCCAUCUCUCCGGUUCAGUGCUGCUGCUGUCGUCUCUCUUCCUCUCGUCCCGCCGGCGCUUCCCUCCUUCUGCAUUGCAUUCUGCUCCCCUGUUGGGGCUUAAUUAGUUUUGAGAAUGAUUAACGAGGUUGAUGCUUUUAUAAGUGUAGAAGGCUACAAACCUCCAGCAGAGUUCGAGGAAGACAAAAGGGAAUUUCUUACUGAUAUUUCUUUGUCCAACUCUGAAGAGCUCUGGCUUAUUCAAUGGCCUGCUAACCAAGCCCCGGAUUUUGAUGGGCAAGAAUUUUCUCUUCAACUUCAUCCAGAUGGACGUUUGGGCAGCUUUCAGGGUUCAUCUGGAAAAUCAUAUGAUGUGGUCAGCUGUUUGGCUCAAGUACCUGAGGCUUCUGUUUUUCUACCAUCUUCAUCAGACACCAGAUUAGUUGGAAAGAUUUCCCGGCGGAUAUCUCUUGUGCAUUACCCAGAACCUGAAGAACUCGAAAAGGCCACCCCUAUGAAAUCAUUGUAUCAAAAAUCCUCUGGAACUUCAUUGACCAAUUCUCGUCAAACUACAACAUCCAGAGGCCCACACUCAAGCAGUAGAAGAACAAGUUCUUCACGAAGUAGUAAACCUAGAAGUUCGGUAUCUGAAUUUGAGGAGCCAUCAAAGCCUUCGAUUGUUAAACAGGAACCAGAACCUACCGAGUCCAGAGAUUAUCUGAAAAAGGAUUCAUCGAAAAGAAAUCGCACGCAUGAUCCUAGUAGAUCAAUCGACCACUCGACUCCAGAUUCGGGACGUGGUCAUAGUGCAGUAACUUCUUCAGGGUCCACCGAGCGAUCCAGUGAAGGUAAAUCAAAAAAGCAAAAGAAAUGAAUGAGGUUGCUUCAAACAUGAAGUAUUCAUUAGUUUGUGACAGGUUACUAAAGUUUGUCUAUACAUUUAUUUUCCAUUUUCCUUUGCUUGGACUGAAUUCUGGAGCAAUUGUUGUACGUCAUAGCCCAUGGGGGGAGAUUCUUUCUCAGAUCAGAUAUACCAUCAGUUAUACUGAGUACUUAAUUAAUGUUAAUUUUGAAUUAAUAGUAAAUGUUAUUAAUUCUUAUGAGUUGUAAAUCAA